AAACCCUAGUUCUUAAACGUGUAAAACUAAGAAGUACAGAGCCUGGACAUAGAGUCGCAGACUGCAACAGGCCCUUCGCCAUGGGUGCAAUCCACCAUUAUCAUUUCUGAAAUCUCAGCGGCUCAGCCUCCGUCUACCAGCGUCACCGGCCGCCGACAGCCUCUCCUAGCGUCGCCAGCGACUACGUUGCCUCACCUUCCCGUCCGCCGCCAACAACCAGCCUCGCCACGCCUGUCGCUGCCGUCCUUCCGACACUCCGGGAAGAAGCUUGAUAAGAGCUGCAAAAUCAAAUAAUUCCUUCCAAGUAAAUGAACUAUCUCUUGUAAUUCAUUGUCUCCCUUAAUCCACAAGCCAUGAAGCUUCUUGCAACUUUUCGAUCCUCCAUGGCUCUUCGCGGAAUAACAGGACCUUUGCAAUCUCGCUCCUUCCAACCUGAUUUUGUUCCAAGAGAUCCAAAUGCGGGGCCUAGAAGAUACAAAUACCCUGCUGUGUAUGAUCCAUAUGGCCCUAGACCCCCGCCUUCCGAUAAGAUCAUUCAGCUUGUGGAACGGAUUGCUGGUCUCACACCUGAGGAGCGCAGACAAAUUGGCCCUGUACUUAGAGAGAGACUGAAGCAUCCCAUGCUGAAACCUAUUUCGGUAGAAGGCAUGGAUUUUGGUGCUGCUGGAGCUGGAGCUGGAGCAUCAAAGACCGAGGAGAAGAAGGCUGAAAAAACAGUCUUUGAUGUUAAGCUAGAGAAAUUCGAUGCAGCUGCAAAAAUCAAGGUGAUCAAGGAGGUACGUGGUUUUACGAGUUUGGGAUUGAAGGAAGCCAAGGAUCUAGUAGAAAAGGUACCCGCAACUCUUAAGCAAGGGGUCACCAAAGAGGAGGCAAAUGAGAUAAUCGAAAAGAUCAAAGCUGCUGGAGGAAUUGCAGUGAUGGAGUGAUAAUCCCUGGGCGGGCGGGGAUUAUGUUCUUCCUAAGGAUGACGAAAUGAACCUUCCUUUCUUGGAUGAUUGUUUUGCCAGAGGCAUGAAGAAGAGCAUUUAAAUUCAGCCAUUGGAAUUGUUAUACUUUUGGAGAUACUUUUUUCUCUUCCAAAUAAACAUGGUUUCUAGAUAUUGGCUGGUCUGGCAAAGCCUAUAGUCAUGAAUAGUGGAUAAUUUUAUUAUCUACUCCAAUUUAUCCAUUAUCAGUUUGAAAAAAACUAAAUGCAUUGUUCAAUCUGUUAUGUUUAAUGAAUAAUUACAUAAAUUUCACUGAUGGGA